UAUUCAUUCUUUUCGAACUCACCAAUGCCAGUGUGAGAGCAGAGUGAAGAAGCUAAUCCAGAGCGGCUAAAGUAAAGUGAUCGAGAUUUCAAGUUCGUGUUUUCCCUUGUUGGAAUGGUAGAAUAUAGGGUUUUUUGAAGUGGGCACAUUGGUGAGGUGGAGCUUAACCUUUCAGCCAUGGGGAAGUCGCCGGGAAAAUGGAUUAAGACCAUAUUGUUUGGGAAGAAAUCUUCCAAAUCCAAUCUUUCCAAGGGCAGAGAGAGAAAUGGAAACGGGAAAGAAGUAUUGGUUUCUACCAAGGCAUCAGAGACGACUUCUGUUAUCAGUCAUCCUGUAGCUUCACAUCCAACCCCAAAUGCCAUUGAUGCAAAUGAAGGCGUGUUAAAAAUUACCGACAAUGAGGCCGCUAAUGUGUCGCAUGAAAGAUCAAUAUCAAUCCCAGGAAAUCAAGAUGCCGAAAUUCAAGGAUCUGCCUGCCAAGAUGCACCAUCUGAUUCUGAGAGAAUCCGUGAAGAGGAGGCUGCAACUAAGGCUCAAGCUGCUUUUCGCGGUUAUUUGGCUCGCCGAGCAUUUCGAGCCCUCAAAGGUAUCAUUAGGCUGCAGGCACUUAUUCGUGGUCAUUUGGUAAGGAGACAAGCUGUUGCUACUCUAUGUUGUUUGCUCGGAAUUGUCAAGUUUCAGGCUAUUGCUCGGGGAAGAAGAGUAAGGCUUUCUGAUGUAGGGUUUGAAGUGCAAAACAAAUGUAGAUUAGUGCAGCCACAGGAUCAACCCUUAGUGGAUCCUGCUGGAGUAAGUCUCUCUACACGAAUGGCGAAACUUUCUGCAAAUGCUUUCACUAUGAAGCUUGCUUCAUCUACAACUGCAAAGCCUAUGCAACUCUAUUUUGAUAAUGGAGAUGAAAAUUCAGUCAUGAAAUGGUUAGAACGCUGGUCAAAUUCUAGAUUUUGGAAACCGAUUCCUCACGUAAAAAAAGCUCCAGAGACGAAAUCUCAAAGAAGGCUGAGCACUGGUCAAACUGGAGAGGCACAUACUGUUAGAUCAAAACGCACAAGGAGAGUUCCUACUGUAAACAACGACGGUGCUACUGUCCAAUCAUCUACUGAAUUUGAGAAACCGAAACGUAAUUUUAGGAAACCCUCGAGUCAUUCAGCUGCAGAGCAGGUUCAGGAGAAUCCUCAAAUGGAGCUUGAAAAGGUCAAACGGGGUCUGAGAAAGGUCCAUAACCCUGUCCUUGAUAAUCCUGCCGAAAAAGAAGUAGGUGAUGAGAAGCACAAGGACAGUUUGGACAAGGCUUCUAAUGGUCUAGGCCGUGACGUUUUGGCAAGAGGUACUAGUAAUUCUUCUGAGAAGAUGAAAAAGGAGGCAAUCUCAACGAUACCCGUCCAGCCUGACUUGGAAACAACUCCUGAGCCAUUACCUGAGCCAUUACCGAUAGAAUCGAUACUUAAUGUACCUAAUGGUGUUCCAGUUGAAGAUUCACAGCAGCCUUUGAUUGAGAGUAGUGACAAAGAUAAGAACAUUGCUGGAGAUGAGGCUGCUGAGGAGACUAAGCCUUUGGCAGAGAGCUACCAUAAAGAUGAACUCAAUCCAUUAUCAAAUGGAGAAUUGAACCACAAGGACGAUUAUACUAACAACGAGAACCCGAAAUCUGGCAGGAAAGCCUCGACUCCAGCCAAGCAAGAGCGAGUGGAGAAUGGGUUGCAGCACAGCCCGACCGUACCUAGCUACAUGGCAGCAACUGAAUCUGCCAAGGCAAAACUGAGAGCACAAGGAUCACCAAGAUUUAGACAGGAUAAUGAAAGAAAUAACCUCAACCGACGACAUUCUUUACCGUCGCCAAUGAAUGCUAAAAUUAGCUCACAGUCACCCCGAACACAAAGACUUGUUCAUUCAGGUGGAAAAGGAGGAAAUAAAAAUGACAAGGCGCUUCUCGGAUCAAGAGAUGAAAAUGGAAAGGUAAUUCAAGCCGACUGGAGAAGGUAAAAAAAAAAAAGGGUUUUCAGAUGUCAACAGCUAUAGAGGGGUAAAUUUCAUCCGAAGGCUUUUUUGAUUCAUACAUUAGUGAAAUGGCAUCACCUAUUCAGCGACUGGGUCCAUCUUCUUCUCAAGGGAGGGGGCUGCUGAUGCCAAUAUAUGGUGUUGUCUGAUUGUUCUGUCAUCUUGGUUGUUUGAGUGCAUGUACAUCAUAGGUUUUAAGUUCUUCCCUCCCCCCAAGUUUUUUGGUGCUGCAAAACACAUUAUUUAAGGGUACAAUGUUGUAAUACAGGUUGUUUAUACUGUAUCUGCUUGUGAUUAUCAUGUUCAAUGACACUCCUUAGUUAUGUUGGUCUGAUGGAUAUUAUUAGUAUGUGAAUGUGCAAAUGUUUAUUGCC